AUGGCCGGAAUUGACUCGUUGUUCGGACCAAUGCUAAUUGGUGUAUGCUUAAACUCCAUGCUAUACGGUUUGCUCAUUUUGCAGACAUAUACGUACUACCAGACACGCAAGGAUUACGGCAGGCCAUUUCUUGACUAUCUGGUCCUCUAUCUCCUGUUCAUGGAGACGCUUAACACGGCGUUUGAUAUCGCUUUGAUAUAUGAGCCGUUGAUAUUGCGUUACGGAACCGAAGAAGCUGUCAAGUUUGUACCAUUGAUGUUGAUUGCGGAUCCCAUUGUAAUGGCUUUCAUAUCAACACCGAUCCAGCUCUUCUUUGCUCGGCGGAUAUAUAUCAUCAGUGGUUCUAUGCUAAUCGUGGCACCAAUACUAUUCUUCGCGUUUUGUUCACUCACCGGCGCAAUCGCUGCUACCAUAUGUACAGCGAUCAUUCGCGAGUUCGCAAGGCUCCAGGAGUUGAAGGGUGCGAUCAUGACGUGGCUCUUCUCAUCGGCAAUAGCGGACAUUAUCAUCACGACCAGUCUGCUGGUGCACUUGUAUCGCAAAAAGACGGGCGUCAAGGCCACUGACGACAUGAUCAAUAAGAUAAUGCGGUUUACGCUUCAAACGGGUCUGCUUACGAGCAUCUUUGCCUCCCUCGAUGUUAUACUUUUCAUCGCCAUCCCUGACACCGCAUAUAACUUUGCCUUGGACUUUCCCCUUUCGAAGCUUUACACGAACUCAUUGUUAUCAAGUUUAAACGCCCGGGUUGAGUACGAAAAAAUGAAGGUGGACCAUCUGUCCGUUGGUAAUACUACAGGGGCUGAGGGCUUGGAAUUCCGACAAUUUAGCUCGCCACAAACGCACGUGCCCCCGGGCACCUUUCAACGACUCCGUCGGGGAGGAGCGACCGACUUGCAGCAGAUUCCUGGUGAGACCCAGCAAGACCCAGCGAGCCCUGGGGGCCGUUCUGAUUUCAAAGUGGAUCUGGGCUUGGAUGGGGGAAGUACACCGGCAUAG